AUGUGGAUAGUGAGAGGAGCAGCUGUGGGCUGUGGAGAGGGACGGCAAUCUCACACCAACACCAGACCUGGAUUGGGACCUGUCCCCAGAUUGAGAAGAGCCCAGGGCACCAGGUCGUGGGCUCUGCUCCGGCCCGUGCUCUUCUCUCCCCAAGCUUCCUCCACCAUGACCAGCUCGAGUGACCAUGGAAGAAGACUGUGGGGACCAAAGCCAGGCUGGACAAGGAACCAAAGAAGCCUAGGAAAGCAGAAGUGGGACGCGGAGACCAGAACUUCUGUGAGAGGCUUGAAAUUGUUUCCCCUCAAGAGCCUGACAUUGCUGUGGGUGACGUCUGUGCCGUAGGAAUGACCCCAGGGGACGGGAGGGCAUGGCUGCCUGCAGCUCUGCUCCUUCUGCAAGUCCCAGGCUGUUUGUCUAUAAGUGGCCCCACCUCCGUGUCAGGCCCCAUGGGGGGAUCCCUGAGCGUGCGGUGUUCAUAUGAAGAGCGGUUAAGAGGAUAUCCCAAAUACUGGUGCAAACCAGCAUGUUUCCGGAAGAUUGUGGAGACCAAAGAGUCAGACAGAGAAGUGAGGAGUGGCCGCGUGUCCAUCAGGGACCAUCCUGCAAACCUCACCUUCACAGUGACCUUGGAGAACCUCGUAGAGGAUGAUGCAGGAACAUAUCGGUGUGGGGUCGAUACAUCCUGGUUAGGAUUCUCUGGAGAGCCCACCCUCACCAUCGAGGUAUCUGUGACCCCAGGCAGCACUAAAGCCCCCAGCAUCGUGAGGUCCACCAGCCCCCCAAGUCUUCACACGACCCUGCCAGCACCCAUGGGGAGCACUGCGAUCCGGCAAGAGACCCCCAGUCCCAGCCAACAUCCUGGGUCCCCGCUCAGCAGCGUCUACUUCCUGCUCCUGGUCUUCCUGGAGGUGCCCCUGCUUCUGAGCAUGCUCAGUGUGGUCCUCUGGGUAACCAGACCUCAGAGGGGCUCUGGGGGGCAGGCGGAGUCAGCCGGAUUAUGAAAACCAGUAACACCUAUUGCCCAUGGAUGAUCUGCUCCGGAGAACACAGCACCUUUCAUGGAUGAGAACGGCCUUCUGAUAACACAUCCAGCUGUUAUCCACAUUUCCAUCAGAACACUCUGUAAACACUUUUGGUAACUUUUUUCUUGCAAUGUAUCAUAGACACAAAGGAAUAGAUCCAAUAAAUGCAUACUCCUUUAAAUA